UAUUGGACGAAAUGAAAUUUGGUAAUGCCGUAAUGGUAACUGGUAAGGUUGGUAAACUAAUUACUGCUAAUUAGCAUUUAGCAGUGGUAGUGGAAAAACUCGUGUUGGUGACAAGGCAAGCCAUCGUGCACCACACAUACACCUAACCCACCACCUUCGCCACAUCACAUCCUCACCACAACAUUGUCACAUAGACACAUACUCUACUCUCUCUCUCUCUCUCUCUUAUGUUUUCUGUGGCCACAUGAACUCCAACAACACCACCUCCAAUACUCAGUCAAUGGUGACACCAACGCCAACUGCCACAACCGCCACCACCACCACUGCCACCGCCACUGAUGCCUCUGCCAAGAAGGUCAGAAAGCCUUACACCAUUACCAAGUCCAGAGAGAGCUGGACUGACGAAGAGCACGACAAGUUUCUAGAAGCUCUUCAGCUAUUUGACAGAGAUUGGAAGAAAAUUGAAGAUUUUGUAGGAUCCAAAACAGUUAUUCAGAUCCGAAGCCAUGCCCAAAAAUACUUUUUGAAAGUUCAAAAGAAUGGAACAGUAGCACAUGUGCCUCCUCCUCGCCCUAAGCGCAAAGCCGCACAUCCCUACCCACAAAAGGCAUCAAAAAAUGUUUUGAUGGCACUGCCAGCAUCCAUUGCUUAUGCUCCUUCGACAAAUGGCCUUGCACCUGGGUAUGCCACAUGGGAUGAAGCUUCUCUGUUGGUGAACACCGGAUCAAAUAAAUCAUUGACCUGUCAAGAUGAACUCAGCAAUCUUCAUGGAAAUGAAGCUGAUAUUGGAUCGAAGGGGAUAACACAGAUUAGUAACAGCAAUCUUAAUGGUGUCGGGAACUCAACUAGAAAGCUAUUGUCUUCUGAGAUACCAAAGCAAGGGAAACCAGCGCCAGUUAUUCAUGGUUUGCCAGAUUUUGCCGAAGUUUACAGCUUCAUUGGAAGUGUUUUUGAUCCUGAUACAAAUAACCAUGUCCAGAAGCUGAAGGAAAUGGAUCCUAUAAAUUUUGAAACUGUUUUGUUGUUAAUGAGAAACCUCACUGUCAACUUGUCUAGCCCUGAAUUUGAGCCGAUGACCUAUCAUGUCAAACUGUUUAACUAUUAGCAAUUUUUUAAUUUGUUAGGUAGGUCAAAUUUGGAAGGAAGACUUGGGAGAAUUUGCUUAGCCAGCAGUGAGGCAUGAUAUUUUGAUCUUGUUCUUGCUCUAAAGCCUGUAAAUGUAACCUUUGUCCUUUGUAAAACAAUAGCCAGAGAUAGUGUAUCAGUGUAUGUUAGAAAUGCUGAACAGAAGAAUACAUUUUCAGCUUUUUCUAAGGUCCACAGCAAUUGUUGUAUUGCAGUGAUUCUUGUUGCUAUAUUUUUAGAAAUAUUGUCUUCUAGUAGUACACAGGGUCAAUAUAUUAAAAUGUUUGUAAUAGUAUAUAUAUCUGUAUGAAAAAGCAGAGGAAAAAGAGGAAAAAGGAUGCUCUACUUGUCAAUA